AUGAGUGCAUCUGGAUGGAAUCUAGGAAGGCAAGCUACCUUCCAAAGUCGCUUAGACGAAAUUUGGGGUUCGCUGCCCAAUCAUCGCACCCCUGAGCUCAGGGACAUCAUUUCAGGAAUUUUACCGAGAAUUACUACUAUUGCCUCCGACAUUGAUCAUGGGCGGCAUCUCAAUGCUCGUACCAGAGACAAUGCAGUGAGAGCGAAAGUCCUUCUGAGCAGCUUAGAGGACCUCCAACCCCACACACAUUUAGAACUGCCUAGAGGAAGCCAGUCUUGUCAGAAUACACUAGAUCUCUUGAAUGAUCUACUUGCAGAAAUCUACAGUACUGUACCGGUUGGAAGGUACUUCCACCAUGGCCUAAGGGCCAAGAUCCUCCAAGCUCAGAAUAAAGAGUACUGCAGACCAAGAGCACGGGACCGCGAAUUGCGAAGGGCGCUAUAUACGGCUUGUGACAGCUUGGUUGAUCUUGCAUUUUAUGUCGAGCAUUAUGAUCAUUUGGAAUUCAACGAAGCUAUAAAGUCACAACUACUGGAGGAGAAGGCAAGAUUAUUGUUUGAUAGUCAUUUCAAACUGAGCGAUAGGUACAACGACAUUGGUGGCCGGGGGCAUAUCAUUCGUCAAAGUGUGUUAGCCCUGGGACAUGACUUGGGUUGGAAUAUUGUAUUCAACAUAUUACAACCAGACGCUCGCGUGAGACUUGGACUAGUAGCGGGUACUCGAGUCAGUGAUGAUCUAUAUCUUUACGGAUAA